UGGCUUGGGAUGCUGGGGCUUUUCAGAAGGCAAAGGACUCUAAAACCACCGUAAUCUCAAGAGAAUAACACUCGAGAACUGAGGUCCCUGGGUGGGCACCAAAAGGGGCACAGCAAGCCUUCUGCACACAGCGAACACCGCAAGCCCUCAGAAGAUAAAAAGCCAGAUGGUCAGCCCCAGAGAAGAUAAGAGGAACACUUCUGACCAGAGCAGCUAAUCUCAAAUUCGUCCCAGACCGACAGAUCUCCAAGGGCCCUGGAAUCCGUCAUCCUGAAACCUGCUGGUCAGCGGUCAGGACACCUCCGAGGCGAAUUCGACAACAGCUGCACCCAAGCCUUUUGAUAUGAUGUCUGCUCCAAGUGGCAACGCUGUCCCAUCUGCACCACCUUCUUAUGAGGAAACCGUGGGAAUCAAUAUGAACUAUCCUCACCCCUAUCCUGUCCCUGGCCCUGGCCAGAAGCCAGAUGGGAAGGGAAUGAACCCUCCCCCACACAUGGGACAACCUCCACCAGUAAAUAACCCCGUUACUGUUCAGACGGUGUAUGUGCAGCAGCCAGUAGUGUUCUGUGACCGCCCAGUUCAGAUGUGCUGCCCUUCCUGUAACCAGAUGAUGGUGACACGUCUCUCCUACGACGCAGGAGCUUUGACCUGGCUGUCAUGUGGUGGCCUCUGCUUGCUGGGGUGUGUAGCAGGCUGCUGCUUAAUUCCUUUCUGCAUUGAUGCCCUAAAGGAUGUGGAUCACACCUGCCCAAAGUGUAGUGCUCUUGUUGGUUCUUACAAACGUUUAUAGGCAGUGUUCAAACAUUGGUUGCUGACUUUGUUUAGCACCUCUACAAGCCCUCGUUGAAGCUUCAUGGAGACUUCCUGUUUUUUUCUGUGCAUCCUGUCACUGGAAACCAAUAAAAAGUAAUGUUUAUUGCUAGUUGGUUUGAAUAUGCAUUUGCUUGAGAGGAGUCCCACUUAGGUCUGUAAGAAGCAUACCUAAUCUGUAUGGGCCACUCAGUCCAGCACCAGUGGAGGGCAAUGGAGUGUUUCCCUUUUUGCUUUAUACAGAACAGGUUGGUGAUGUUCUUCAGUUCAUCUUGUCUCAGGCAUGUUGCAUUGUUUGCAUUGAGACCGUGAAAUCUCAGCACAGAACAAGAGGAGGAUGUGUAUGGAGAGCUGUUUAGGCUCAUGCUUUGACAGCAGCACUGUUUACAAACUUGCAGGGAAUUGCCUCAGAGACAGGUGCUCCUCUUUGGAAAAAAAGAAAUCAUUUGUUGUCGUCUUUUCACGAGGACUACAAUUAAUUUUAAAACUUUUGUAGUUGGAAGAGAACCAAACCUAAAGGCUUCUUCCUUCUUGGUGAAAGCUUUUCCACUUGGAAAACUCAGGCUGUUGUGCAAAUGAACUAUGACUGAUUUUAGUAUCUGAAUUUUCUUUCCAGUUUCAAGUCUAGUCAUGUUUCUGAAGUAAAGAUAAUUUAUAUAGAAGGUAUUUGUUCAGUAGUUUUUGUUAGGCUGCAGGCUUUCUUACUGCUGAUAGAAAGUCUGUGAAGUGUUUUCUUCACCCCAGUGGAAAUGCCCAGAGAGCCUUGGUUAGAAGAUUGGAAAACUUCUUGUACAUUUACUUAAGUCAGCUGAUCGAUCAUAAACAAACCUCAGCCUUAUCUUAAGUCUUGAACUGCACCUGAAACACAUAAAUAAAACACCUGGACUUUUAGUUGUUGAUCUGCUUGUUAAUUAUUGUUUCUUUUUUAAGAAGGUAAAAUGUUUGUUAAGGAGUUUUUCUGAUUUUUCUAAAUUAAAUGAAAGAUGAGUUCUGCUUUUAGAAACUUAAGCUGGAUAUGCUUAUUUAAGAGGAUAAUCACAAAAAAUUAAGGAGUGAGGCUCUGAAGGUUAAAAUAAUUUCUGUGUCAUAAGCAACUUGAUUAAACAACAUUUUGAUGCAUAUCACUGAAUCACAAAAUCAAGUGGGUUGGAAAAGGCCUUUGAGAUCAUGUCCAACCUGUAUCCUUACCAACAGACUGUGGUGCUGAAUACCACAACCAAUCUUUUCUUAAAUACCUCCAGGGACAGUGACUCCACCGUCUCCCUGGGCAGCCCAUUCCAAUGUCUGAGCACCCUUUCUGUAAAAAUCUUCUUCCUAAUGUCCAAGCUAAAUGAUAGCUGUCCAGAAAAGGCAGGCAGAUAUUUAAAAAAGGCUGUGUUGGUAACAGUGUAUUAAUAUCUGUAAAAGUGAAAAUCAAAUAAAACAAAUAAAAAAUACUGCAUGUAGUGUUCUUGCCAAACAUGUAUUCUGUAAAUAUUCGGUAUAAGUUAGUUUUUCAAAAGUCUUUCAGUACUUUAGGUUUGAAGUCCAGUAACUUUGUGGAUCACGUAUGAUCUCUAGGCCUUGUCUUAAUUAGGUUUUGUAAACUACUGCUGCUUGUGAGUCAGUGUGCAAGUGAUUUAAGAGCUUCCCUGUGUAUUUGGAAAAGGUUUCUGGUCUUCAUGUGCCCUACAUCACCAGCUACUAACUGGAAAGAAGAUGAUGGAGAUAAAAAGCUGCUAGUUUUGUAGCUUUCCAUCUUGAUGAUGUGGUACCAACAAGUGAUUUUGUCUGCUGGGGCACCACCACAGUGCUCUCCAUCUUCUUGAAGGGCUUGGGUGAUGCUGCAUUGAAUUUUCUGUACUGGUGACACAAGCAAGUCCUGUGCCUUACUGGGAAGCAGAGUUCCCCCACUGGGUGUCACAGAAAAUGUGCUGCUUUUCAGUUUAUUGUCAGAGCAAGACAGAAAGAAGCAAUGAAGCUCACAGUGUUUCCAAACUUGGGAUUUGCUUGCGUGGUGGGGAGGGUUUUUAAUUCUUUUAGUGCCCCGUCAGUCUGGCCUGGAUAAUCCUGCCAUAUAUUCAUUUGGUAAGUCUUCCACUUGUUAUUCCCUUAGCUCCCCUUUUCUCUCCAAAGUGAUGGUUGGAAAAUCUGAGGUGGUGGCGCCAGAAUGCAAAACACCAAAUAAAAAUGUUUGGUUUGAUUUAUGUGCACAGUCCGUUGAUUCUCUUUAAGUUCCUUGUAUGGAUUGAGAAUAGGACACAAUGUUGGCAGCUCUUCCUUCUAAUUCAGAAUUCUGCAAAGCUUUCUGCUGCCCCUUCUAUAGUUGUGUUCCCUUAAACGCAAAGCCUGUGUUUGUUCUCUUGUGUAUGGAAUGAUCUAUGGACUGUACCUGCUUUGUUGAACCUACCUUGGACAAACAAAUGCAGGAUAUAAUUUGCUUUGUGUGAAAGCACUUUGUGUUUGAUUAUGUUGAAAUUACUGUUUGUUUUUAAAAUUGACUCUAUUUAAAAUAAAAACUUUGUCUUUCCUA